GAGCGACGCAUUUCCGAGGGUCGCCAUUUACUCCCAGGCGCACGGUAAGGCGGCGACUCGUCGGUCGUCUUCGUACGAGUUCAUUAACGAAUGCUCGCCCCGUAUUUUAUUUGGUAACCAUUGUAAUUGCGUUGCAGGUGUUGGUAAAGACGAGUCGCGUUCACGGCGGUGGUGGACGCAAGACCGUACAAACGAAUCGCACGAAUCACGAAUUCUGGCUGUUGCUGGCUUUUGUUGCGCGCCCCAAGGAAGAUGUGGCCAUUGAAGAAUAUUUUUUAAAAAAAAAAAAUCCUGGCAAAUAGACACUAAAGAGACCACCGCACAAAGACAUUGAGAAUACAUAUUUUUUUUUUACUGAGGGUAACAAAAAAAUGUGACUUUAAAGUUACGCUCAGGCGUGCCGCCAUAGCGCCGGGGUGACGUCAUGACGCAGUUGCAUUAAAGCGACAUGACGUCAUAUUUGGGAGAUCUCAUUAACGAUGCUUGACAUUCCGAUUGGACAUGAUUACCUGGGUGUAGGAGUUACUCGACAAGAGCGGUUUAAUGCGUUGCAAAUGAAUGGAAGAACCAGGAGCAAAAUGUUCGAUGUUGCCGUCUCGGCCUGAGCAGACGUUUCGUUAUUGGCAUAAAAAGUUGACGUUAAUUGUGUGAUGCUUUGCGAGUCCUCAAAUUCAAAGCUCAUUUAACUGUCCCGAAUCUAAAGUUUGUUGGGAACGAUUGGGUGUCCAUUAUAGUAGAGCAUAAUUGCGACCGUCAUGGGUGGUAAAACAGCAUUGUCAAGUGAUUGUAGUUUUUUGUGAUGUUUUAUUCAUGCGUGCAGUGUUCAAUGUACUAUCAUUUGGUAUGCUGCAAUACGUUAUUCGUCGUAGGCAUGUUGGUAGAUUAAGCAUAAUAUACCUAUGGUAGGUAUUAAAAGGUAUUGAUACAGUUGAAAGCACAUUGUUACAAUCUUUUUUUUCAAUGGUGUCAUGGAUAAUACGAGAAAUGCAGUGUACGUGCAGAGGGCAUGGCAUAAAAUGUGUACAUCUGAAUGUGUACAGUAAAAUAUAGUACAGGUACUACGAAAGUAAAUGCAAAAUGAGUGUGGAAUGUGUAAAAUGAAGAAAAGGUUAUCCAGAAUAAAAAAAACAUUGUAAUCCAUCAUCAUCUUUCAGUUAUUAGGGACUGAAGAGACAUUCCGAGGUAAUCCUUCAUCAUGACAUCAUCACAUACAAACGAAUGUAGUGGCUUUACCAUGCAUGCAGUAUUCAAUGUGCAACCGUUUGGUUUAAAAUAUUGGCUCAUUACAAACACCAAACGGGCAUAAUCAGCCUCUGUGGCGGAUCAAAAUGUUUGGUGUUUGUUUUUCUCCCAUACUAUGAUGAUGAUGAUAAAAAUUCCAUUCAGAACUAUGACAGAAAAAGGUCCCCUGGAAGAUAUUCACGUAACUAAUUAUGAGAUUACUUAAGUUUCCCUUUCUUCACUGUACGUGGUGCAACUUCCAUCAUGCCUUGCAUAGGGCAUUCAUUAUUAUGUGGCAGUCAAAUCUAACAUUUUAGAGCUGGCAAAUGCAAAAAUAAGUCAAACUAUUCUAUUUAUUCUCAUUUGGUAACACAGUUGAGACCAUCACCUUAUUAGACUUGAGAACCAUAUUUAAUCAUGGGUGGCUGUGUGUUCUAAUACAGGAUCUUGGUCGUACCGAUUUAAUACUGUGACAUGGUCUUAGCAUCGUGAAUCACUCAUCCACUUCAGUUAAUCGGUGUUUGUGACUAGUGCUCCUGACGGUUCAUUAUCAAUAUAUAUUGACAUGUAGUGCGACAAAGAAAAUGUCUUAUAAUGUUAAUUUUUUUUUACUAAACUACUUUUUGUGCACUCUGUGGAUUAUUCGUGUACAGCAGUUGGUCGCCAGGCAUGGCGAGUGGCGCUGCUACCGCGGUUUUGGAAGGACCCGCCAUGGCCAGCACUGUGCUCCGAGGUCUCAAUGAGCUGCGGAUUCACAGCCAUCUGUGCGACCUGACCGUUCAAGCCGAGGAAACUUGCUUUCCCGCUCACAGAGCUGUUCUGGCAUCUGCCAGCACGUACUUCUACAGCAUUCUGCUUCCAGUCAAUGUGCUGACAACCACAGAAGCUGGUGGGGUGGCUGACGAAGAAGUGGAAAGCAAAGGCGUGUCGCCCACGUGCAACGUGAAGUUGCACGAUGCUGCCGCGGCUGACUUGGCCGCCUUCCUUGAGUUUGUAUACACGGGUCGUGUCGAAGUGUGCUUUGAGCAAGUCGGCAGGCUGCUGAGCCUGUCGGGGCUGAUGCAGUGCGCAGAGCUAGCAGAAGCAUGCCUGCGAGCCGGUGUCGGACCACUCGGCAAUGCGCAACAUCAUUCCCCGGAGGACAGCGGCAACAGACAACUCGAAUUGGCAGAGGCCGGUGCAUCAUCGCUGGAAAUCCUGUCAUUCCAGGUUGGGUCAUCGGUGAUGGAAGGAAACUCCAGCGACCAAAUUGGUUUGCGCCUGAAAAAGGACACUGGGAAAGCUCUGACAGAGCCGAAUGUCCGCAGCAAUCGACUGAUGGCCAGGGCCAUGAAGGCAGCUGAAGCAGCACUGGCAAAGAAAACUCGGGUCAAGCAGGGUGGCAGCAAGAUGGCCACAGAACUUCCAGUCCAUCUCCCUCAGGGAGCACUCAAGCAGCAGGAAGCGGCUCCCGCAGUCGCAGUCGAGUUAAAAGGAGCAAUGAAGUGUGUCACUAAGCACGAGUCUACGACUGACGCCGGAACAGAAGAAGACUGUACUAGCACUGGAGAAGAACCUUGUGAGGCAGAGGAGGAUGCCAGCGAUUUUGAAAUCUCAAUUGACGGAAAGAAAAUCAAACGGGGGAAGAAAACAGAACAGGAAGGUAGCGACGCAGGCCAGUGCGCAGGCAAGGUGAUCGAGUGCACCAACUGUGACAAAGAGUUUCAGUACGAGAAGAGUUACAUGAAGCAUGCCUUGCAGGCCCAUGGCAUGGAGCCAGACAUUGUGUACUGCUGCAGGGAGUGCGGGCAGACGUUUACUAACCGCUGCAACCUGCGCGCACACCUCCGGCAUGUGCACAACGAGGACCGUCAGUUUGUGUGCGGCAUCUGUGGGAAGCGCUUUAAGCGUAAAAAGGACGUGCGCAGACACACGAUUCAGGUGCACGAGGGUGGUGCUGAACGUCACACCUGUCCGGAGUGUGGCAAGGGCCUGAGCUCCCGCACCGCCCUGCGCUUGCACGAGCGCACGCACACGGGAGACAGGCCCUACCACUGCACCGAGUGCGCUGCUCGCUUCUCGCAGGUCUCCUCCCUCAAGGUUCACCAGAGGACACACACAGGGGAGAAGCCGUUUGUGUGUGAGGAUUGUGGUGCACGCUUUACUCAGAAUCAUAUGCUGAUUUACCACAAGCGCAUUCAUACGGGCGAGCGCCCAUUUAUGUGCGAGACUUGCGGCAAGAGCUUCGCCUCCAAGGAGUACCUGAAGCACCACAACCGCAUCCACUCGGGCUCCAAGCCCUUCCUGUGCAACGUGUGUGGCCGCGCCUUUGCGCAGCGAAAUUCUCUGUACCAGCAUGCCAAGAUCCACACGGGAGAGCGGCCGUACUGCUGCGACAUGUGCGGGAAGCAAUUCACACAGCUCAAUGCGCUGAACCGCCACCACCGCAUUCACACGGGCGAGAAGCCCUACAUGUGCAACUUCUGCGGACGCACGUUUACAGACAAGUCGACGCUGCGGCGCCACACUCUGGUACACGACAAGAAUGCCCCUUGGCAGACCUUCCUGAUGGUGGUGGACAGCAAGGACAAAAUAUCGGGCCGUGUGCUGCGUAGCAACAGCACAGACGGCGGCUUGGAAAUCCUUACACCACUCGCAGGCGAGGACGCGGGCACGCAGUGCAGCGAGCACACUUCGCCAGCACAGCUGGGCGUCCCCAAGUCCGAAGAGUCGGUCUACAUCGAGACUAUUGCGACCGCGAUGUCCGGUGACGAUGGCCAACGCGAUGACUGCAGCACAUGGCAGAUUGUGACAGUGGUGGGCACCGACGGGGAGAGCCUGCCGAUCGAGCCGAUGCAAACAAACGUCGUGACUGAAACGGAGCCGCCCACAGAGGCCAGAAUUCUGGAAGUUACAGCGACCGGACAGGUGACGGCCGUUCCGGAUGCAGGCUCGGCUGCCAUUCCCAUCAUCCAAGUGAUGGACAUGGCGGUGCUGCAGGGCAGUGGCACCGAGGUGAUAAACCAGUCUCUUCAUAAUUGACCGUGUCGGGUGGUGGAGGGUUACGACACAUUUAUAAAUAACGCGAUCUAACCCAAAAACCUUUAUUAUGAAUAAUAUUGGUCACGAAAGCCUACGUGUUAAACAAACCAGUCUCUGCCGAUGUAAAGCAGCAAUCUUGUUGAGGUUGAAAGUGAUGGCUGCAGUGGACAGUGUUAGCUGAGAAGUACAAUAAUGUUGCUCAAGAUAGAACAGCUAUUCUGGACAUAUACUGUAGUGCAGUUCAUUAUUCGGAAUAUUUAUGCAAUUUAAGUUGGUAUGCAUUUAACAUUUUACACAAUGUACAGCAGUCAGUGGGUGCACUCAACAAACUUUAUCACUUAAGGUAUUUUAAUGUCUAAUUUCUCGUGAACCUCAUAUAUGCUGUAUUGGAAUGAUAUUUGAGAAUACAUACGUAGCAGGAUUGAAGCAACAAAAUUAAUUAAAAUAACCGAUUGUCUAUCCACUGCUGGAUGAAGACCACCCCAAGUCAUCAUACCUGUGUUUAGGCGGUGCAACAAUAUAUUUAGCUCCCGCGCAUGAGCUGUUCCUAUCUCCAUCUCCGCGUUGAACAUACUUUUGGGUGUGUUCUUCCAGCUGCCACUUUGUUCUCAGUCUCGACUAUCAGCCAUCAUCCCCUUAUAGUAACGUCUUGCAAAUCCCACUUUUAUAACAUUCAAUACCAAGUGUCUAAUUUGUUAUCUUUCUGAUCCACGUGUUUUCUUACUAUCUCUUGGUGUAUUCCAAGCAUGCACCUCUCCAUGAUUCUUUACAAACUAACAAGGCAUGACACAGGUGUGCGCAUAAGAUAAGUAUGUGCAGAUUUAAUAUAUCUGGCAAUAAUAUAUACACGUGUAAUACACAUUCCAGAAUAAAGAUAUCAAACCUUUCGGGAGAGGUUAAAAACCAUGUUCUUAGAGUGCCUUUAAGGCAAAUUUACAAAUAUAAGUAGGAAGAUCAUGGUUAUGUAAAAUAAGAAACAUGGUGUGUAUUGCAAUAACCACAGGAAACUAUUCUUAUUUCAAAAACAUCUUAUGCUGUUCCCUCACUGCUGAUGACUCAGAACAGAUAGGAAAUAAUUAGCGUAACUACUCCUGAUGUCAAACAACAAAUACCAACCAUAUACCUCGUGCUGUUGAACAAAAACUCGACACUUGUAGCCAUUAAUUUGUUCAUUCCGUUGCACUUGUUUGCAAACGGGAUGUGACUUCAAGAAAUGUGAGCCGACCCAGAUUUGGCCUUCCAUGUCUCGCAUUCAUUCUCACAUGGCUGCCUUUUAAACAUCACUCUGCAGCUAAAGAAAUCAUUUGGGCGUUCAUAUAACGGUGCACGUGUAUACGUUCAAGGAACAUGGCUUUAUUAACGAGGUAUGUAACAAUGUAUCGAUUUAAAUUGAAUUUUUUUCGAUUUAAAGCUUUCGUGACUGCAAGGAUUCAUCUUCUUUGGUUCUUUCGGUAAAGUCAUGUAGGAUGAGAAUAAAAUAAUAAAAUAAAAUAAGACAAUAAAAUUCUCACGACGU